AUGGUGCAAAGCUAUCGGAAAACAGUUUAUCUUGGAGAAGUUAAGAAGAUACGGGAGGACAUAGAAGAUGUCUGUGUGGUAGAAAAGAUCCUUCGCACUUUAACACCUAAAUUUCAUUUUGUGGUGUGUGCCAUUGAGGAGUCUAAAGAUUUAGACUCUAUUAUGGUGGAGCAAUUGGAGGGUUCUUUACAGCCCCACGAAGAAAAGAUCAAUAGGAGACAAGAAGUGCCGUUGGAGCAACUUCAUAAAACUCAGGCAUCCUUCAAGGAUUAUGGAGGUGAAAAGAGAUAUCGAGGGAAUGGACGGGGACGAGGCCGUGGCGGUCAUGGAAAAGGAGGAAGUAAUGGUAACAACUUCAACAAUGAAGUCAAAAUCCACCAAACAUUCAGAGGUCGUGGUUGUGGACAAAGAUGA